AAUGACAAAAGAGUUUGAUGAGUACAAAAAGAAGGUUACAGUCAUAGUGGAAGAAUACUUUGCAACUGAUGAUGUUGCCUCCACUGCAAAUGAACUGAAGGAGCUUGAUAUGCCACACUAUGACUUCUAUUUUGUGAAGAAGUUGAUAUCUAUUGCCAUGGAUAGGCAUGACAAAGAGAAGGAAAUGGCUGCUGUGCUGCUAUCCACAUUAUAUGCCGAUGUGAUCGAUCCACAACAAGUUUACAAAGGCUUCAGCAAAUUGGUUCAAUCUUCAGAUGACUUGGUUGUAGACAUACCAGACACUGUAGAUGUUCUUGCACUAUUCAUAGCUCGUGCUGUGGUUGAUGACAUACUUCCUCCUGCUUUUUUGACAAAAGAAAUGGCCUCCCAAUCUGAGGGAUCAAAAGGGCUUGAAGUAUUAAAGAGAGCACAGAAGGGUUACUUAUCAGCUCCAUUGCAUGCAGAGAUCAUUGAGCGCCGGUGGGGUAGUAGCAAGAAUAAGACUGUUGACGACGUAAAAGCUAAGAUAAAUAAUCUAUUGACAGAGUAUAUAGUGAGUGGGGAUAAGAUGGAAGCAUGCAGGUGCAUCAGAGAUUUGAAGGUCCCUUUCUUCCAUCAUGAGAUAGUCAAGAGAGCCCUUAUAAUGGCAAUGGAGAGGCCUGCGGCUGAAGGGUGGCUUCUAGAUUUAUUGAAGGAAGCUGCUGAGGUAGGUGUUAUUAAUUCAAGUCAAAUAACUAAGGGAUUUAGCAGGCUAAUAGAUACAAUUGAGGACUUAACACUUGAUAUCCCAUCUGCAAAGGAGCUAUUGCAGUCAUUGAUAUCUAAAGCAGCAUCAGAGGGAUGGUUGUGUGCUUCAUCUUUGACACCUCUUUCUUUACAUCCAAAGAAGCAAUUGGAGGAUAAUGCUGCCAAGGUCUUCAAGUUGCAGGCUCAAUCUAUUAUUCAAGAAUAUUUCUUGACUGGUGAUAUUUUAGAGGUAAUUAGUGGACUAGAAUCAAAUAACAAUAAUUCCUCUUCUGAAUUAAAUGCCAUAUUUGUGAAGAAGUUGGUAAGUCUUGCAAUGGAUCGGAAGAACAGGGAGAAAGAAAUGGCAUCUGUGUUGAUGACAUCUCUGUCUUUUCCAGCAGAUGAUAUUGUAAAUGGUUUUGUAAUGUUAAUUGAGUCUGCAGAUGACACUGCAUUGGAUAUACCAGUUGUUGUUGAGGAUCUUGCAAUGUUCUUAGCUAGAGCAGUGGUUGAUGAAGUGUUAUCCCCACUCAAUUUGGAGGAGAUUGGAAACCAGUUUGUUAGACCAGACUCAAUUGGGAGCAAAGUGCUCCAAAUGGCAAGGUCAUUGCUACGACCUCGCCUUUCUGGAGAGCGGAUCUUAAGGUGUUGGGGUGGUGGGGGAAGCAGCAAGCCUGGAUGGGAAAUUGAGGAAGUCAAAGACAAGAUUGCGAAGCUAUUAGAAGAGUAUGAAUCCGGUGGGGAUGUUCGGGAAGCUUAUUGUUGCAUAAGAGAGUUAGGAAUGCCAUUCUUUCAUCAUGAGGUUGUCAAGAAGGCAAUGGUGACAGUCAUGGAGAAGAAGAAUGACAGAUUAUGGGGUUUGCUGGGCAAUUGUUUUUCUGCGGGACUUAUCACUAUGAAUCAGAUGACAAAAGGCUUUGGGAGAGUAGCAGAGUGUCUUGAGGACUUGGUUUUGGAUGUACCAGAUGCUCCACAACAAUAUGCUCAAUAUGUUGAGCGGGCUAAAGCUGCAGGUUGGUUGGAUUCAUCAUUCCCUGUAAGCAAUUCAGGGAAUGAGGUGGAGAACGGUUCAUUUUCAUGAGGCCAUGUAUUUUUAUAAGCUAUAUUCAUUUGUCAAUCGCAUUUUCUGUCAUUCCUACUAUUUCCAAUGUCCAGGCCAAUAUAAUCAAUGAACUACAUCUUUGUUUUAUAAAAGGAAAAUUUGGUGGUAUUCAUCAAUAUUCCCUGUAAGCAAUUCAAGC